AUGAAAGAAGAGGAGCCAGUAGAUAAGUACUUCGCCAGAACAUUGACCAUUGUUAACAAGAUGCGUGUUUAUGGUGGAAAAUUAGAUGAUGUUGAUGUUAUUGAAAAGAUUCUACAAUCUAUGUCUUCAAAAUGUGCAUAUGUGGUUAGCUCUAUUGAGGAGUCAAAAAAUAUUAAUACAAUGUCCAUAGAUGAGCUACAGAGCUCUUUACUGGUACAUGAGCAGAGAAUGGCACCUCCUCCUAUCAAAGAACAAGCCUUGAAAGUGACAACUCAAUUUGAUUCUUUCAGCGGGAAUGGUUUUGACAGAGGUCAUGGUCGAGAUAGAGGACAUGGUCAAAACAUGAGUUCAAAUGGUAGAGGAAGUGUAAGUGAUAAUGAUCAAUACUCUACUUAUGAUUCGACGUUUGACAAGUCGCAAAUAGAGUAUUAUCAUUGUCACAAGUAUGGCCACUAUAAGUCUGAAUGCGGAACUAAUUUGUAUUCAGACAAGGGAGAAAGAGAGAAGUCAAAUUUCACAAAACAAAAAGAAGAAGAAACCUUGUUGAUGGCUUACCAUGUGCAAGAGAAGUCUCAUUCAAAUAAGUGGUAUCUGGACUUCGGUUACAGCAAUCAUAUGUGCGGUAACAAAUCUUUAUUCUCUGAUUUGGAUGAAUCUUAUAAAGAUAGUGUCAAGCUUGGCAACAAUUCUAGUAUUUCUAUUAUGAGAAAAGACACUGUCAAAUUUAAGGAAUCAGGGAAGAAAAUCAAAAUUCUUCGAACUGAUCAUGGUGGUGAGUUCAAUUCAAAUGAGUUCACAAGUUUUUGUGCUAUGAAUGGAAUUCGGAGGCAACUGACAGCGGCUUAUACACCACAACAAAAUGGUGUAUCUGAAAGAAAGAAUCAUACUAUUUUGAAAAUUGUAAGAUGCAUGUUGGCAACUUAG